UGACAUAAAGGCGGGAGCUGAACCUCGCGUUCGCCACUCAGACACACACCUCUUUCCUUGAGCACUCGCUAGGACCGACUCGUUCCACUCAUGAACCUGCACCAGCAGCAGAAUUAUUUUCUGGAAAUAGACAAGAAGAACUGCUGUGUGUUCCGGGAUGACUUCAUAGCCAAUGUGCUGCCGACGGUGUUGGGGCUGGAGUUUGUGUUUGGGCUCCUGGGCAAUGGCCUUGCCCUGUGGAUUUUCUGCUUUCACCUCAAGUCCUGGAAAUCCAGCCGGAUUUUCCUGUUCAACUUGGCUGUGGCUGACUUUCUCCUGAUCAUCUGCCUGCCGUUCUUGACGGACAACUACGUGAGGAAGUGGGACUGGAGGUUCGGGGACAUCCCUUGCCGGGUGAUGCUGUUCAUGCUGGCCAUGAACCGCCAGGGCAGCAUCAUCUUCCUCACGGUGGUGGCUGUGGACAGGUACUUCCGGGUGGUCCAUCCUCACCAUGCUCUGAACAAGAUCUCGAAUCGGACAGCGGCCAUUAUAUCCUGCCUCUUGUGGGGUGUCACCAUCGGCCUGACGGGUCACCUCCUGUACAAACAAAUGUUAAUCAAGAACCAAGAUGCGAAUUUAUGCAGCAGCUUUAGCAUCUGCCAUACCUUCAGGUGGCAUGAUGCCAUGUUCCUCCUGGAGUUCAUCCUGCCCCUGGGCAUCAUCCUGUUCUGCUCGGCCAGAAUCAUCUGGAGUCUGCGCCAGCGACAAAUGGACAGACAUGCCAAGAUCAAGAGGGCCAUCAACUUCAUCAUGGUGGUGGCCAUCGUCUUCAUCAUCUGUUUCCUGCCCAGCGUGGCUGUGCGCAUACGCAUUUUCUGGCUCUUACGCACCGUGGGCACGAGGAGCUGUGACAUCUAUCGCUCGGUUGAUCUGGCGUUUUUCAUCACCCUUAGCUUCACCUACAUGAACAGCAUGCUGGACCCUUUGGUGUACUACUUCUCCAGCCCAUCUUUUCCCAACUUCUUCUCCACCCUGAUCAACCGCUACCUGUGGAAGAAGACGCCACAACAGCCAGAUAAUAACCAGAGCACAAGCAUGGAGCUCACAGGGGAUCUGAGUGCUACCAGGAGUGUUCCAGACAAUUUGGUGGCCCAUGCCGGUGAGCCAUGGAACCCGUCUUAUCCGACCCCAGCUUCUCGCUAAAUACCCGAGCCAAGAAGUGAGAUUGUCACCAAGAACCAAGGUCUCUGGGGAAAGAGUUUGGCUGGGUGCACAGAGUACCAUCAUGAGACGUGGCCUGUGGUUUCCUGGAAUUUCCAGAUUCGGAGAAUCGGAUUUAGAGAAGGAGUGUGGCAGAGUGGGCUGCCCAGUUGUCGAGCGUCACCAGAGGAUUCUUGGGGGGAACAGAGAGUAAAGCUUCUGAAACUUCUGCUCAGUCUCUGGCACUCACAGAACCGAAGACGGCCAAACUGUCCACACUUCUGCCGAGCAGAGCUGGAGCCAGGGAGACGCCCGUGAGCACCUGUGAUUCACUGGCCUCUUUCCCUACCUGCCUGAGGCGGGGGUGGCUCUCAGCUCCUGAGGGCGAUACCCAGUCCAUCUAGCCUGGAUGAGGAAAGCUAAGUGGUUGGAGGGGAGUUAUGGCCCCUGGGCGGAGGCCAGGAAUCAUUAAAGAAGCCAGUAGGUCACCCACAUUCCAAGGGACCGAUUCAUCUUUCAGCCAAGCUUUAGCAGAAAAGCACCGGGCAGAGAGACUCACCGGUAGGGGUGAGAGAGGGAUUAGCCGGGGCGGGACUGAGCAAAACAGUCUUACUGAGAGAAAGAAAAGGCAUUUGUGCGGGGACCUGUGCCUAAUCCAUUCCUCUCCUGUUGACACUAACUGGAAGGCUGAGGGUUAGAGGCUUCAGAGAAGACAGCUGCUUCCCACCUCUGUUUGGUUUUGUCAUUAAAAGGGAAAUGCUGCCCAGUGGUUAGAGGGAGAAGGUUCCUCCUGGUUUGUUUGCUUGUGUUCCUGUCCUUAUAAGAAAUCUACCACUUCAAUAAAUUUUGAUGUGAGA